AUGUCUCAACGUGCCCGUGUUGCGGCUGCUCGUGCAGCUAAAACAUCUGCUGCUUCAUCAUUUUCUCAAACAAAUAAUAAAUCAAAAGCAAAGAAAAAGAUCGUACCAGUACGAAAAAUUACUCGUAGUAGUGCUAAUAGUGGUGCUGUACAAAAGAAAAAACCAGUAAAAAAAAAUAAAAAAUCUUCACCAACUAAACGUCGUCUUCAACAACGUUCAUCAACAAGUACGCGUUCAUCAACACGUUUACCUAUUACUACUAACACCACUUCCCCUACAACAACACCAAGAAAAAAACGUCUUUCUGGUUUAACAGCUGCAACUCUUCUUCAAUAUUGUGCUAAUGUUCUUUCACCAUCAUCAAAUGAAAAACAACAACAACAAACUGGAAAACGACAAUUACGUUCAGCAAACAGUAGUCCUAUGUCACGUAAUAAUCAAAAUACAACUAAUCGAAAAAAGAAAAAAAUAAAACCAACAACUACAAAAAGAAAAUUAACAACUACUACACGCAAAACACGUGCACGAAAAACAACAACAAGUGAUGAAGAAACUAGUGAGCAUGAAAAAAAACAAUUAAAUGAUGAUGAUGAUGAUAACGACGAUAAUAAUGAAAAUUCAGAUGAUAAUCAUGAUAAUAAUGAUAAUAAUAAUCAUCAACAUACAAGUGAAGAUGAAAAUAGUGAUGAUGAAAAUAUUCGUCCAUCACGUCGUCGUACAAAUAUAAAAGCUAAACCAACUGUCAAUCGACGAAAACGUCAAAUAUCAAAUAUUUCAUCAACAGUUGAUAUUAAACCAAUUCAAACAGAAUUAAAUAUUCAUACACGUACACGUCGAGAAGCAAGUUCACGUGCAUCAGCAAUGAUUAUGCAACAAAAUGAAAUAGAACGUAGUCGUUUUCAUUAUACGUUAGCUAAUGAACGUUCAACAUCAGCUAAUCGUCGACGUCGUACUAAAAGUACAAUUACAAAUAAAGAUGAUUCUCAUGUUGAUGUUACUCCUGAUCCACCUGAACAACCAUCAGUUGAACCAUUUAAAUUUAAUGUUCCACCAGUACCACCUCCACCAGCAGCAACAACAACUAAUAAAAAAGUAACACCACCACCAUCUCUAUUUAGUGUACCUGCACCAGCAUCAUCUAUAGCUAAUGCAUCAAAUAAAACAGAAUAUGCUCAAUCAUUAAAUGCUAUUACAACAAAAUCAACAAAUCAAUUACCAUUAACAACAAUAACAACAACUAAUUCAAAAUAUCCAUCAUUAACAGAAACAAUUUUAGCUGAACAUGAUCGUAUACAUGGUACAACACCACCAUAUCAUACAACAAAACGUGAUAAUCUUCUUAAAUGGGUACAAGAAUUAGCAUUAUAUGAUCGUUUAUCACCUCCAUUUCCUGAACAUGAAAUUCCUCUUGAAUCAUUUCAUGGUACUGCAUCAUCAAUAUCAUCAACAACAACAGUGACAAAUGAUCAUAUACCAUUAAAUCGUGGAAUAAUUAUUAGUCAAAAUAAUAGCAAUAGCAAUCAAAGUACAAGUGCAGCAACAAAUAAUGGAGGUUCAAUUAUUGGUGGUGCUGGUUCAACAUCAACAACAGUGGCUGGUACAAGUACAGCAACCACUGGUGGCACAACAAGUAAUAACACGCAUAGUAAAUCAACAGUUAAAGCAACACCAUUACAACCACCACCACCACCGCCACCGCCACCACCUCUACUUAAACAACCAACAAAUACAAGUACAACUAGUACAACUGUAUUUCAAAAAAAUCGAACAUCAACAAAAGGAUCAAAUGCAGUGACAACUGCAUCGAUUACUGCACCAGAGCAUUCAGUUUCAUCAACUCCUUUGAUUAAUUCUUUUUCAUCUAUAACUCCUGCUAUAAUUGGUACAACAACAGUUAAUACACCGUCAUCAUCAUCAUUAUCAUUAUCAUCACGACCACUUUCGUCUUCACUUGAACAUCAUCAUCAACAUUCAUCAACAGCAUCAACACCAAUACCAACAAACAAUGUUACAGCUACAACAACUCCAGCUUUUCUUGCACCAUCAGCUGCUGCAGCCGCUGCUGCUGCUGCGGCCGCAGCUGCAGCUGCAUUUCCCAUCGAUUUACGUUCAUUUUAUCCUCUUUUACCUUGUUGGCAAUAUCCGGCAGCUGCUGCUUGGACAUUUUCACCAUCGGCAUCAUUACUUAAUCAACAAGCAAAUUGUCUUAUACCACCAUCAUCAACACUUCCACCUCCACCAUCACCUAUUGUUCAUCAUAAAACAUCUAUAACACGUCAUCGUACAACAACACAUUUAGAAACAAAACAAAAAAAAUCUUCAACAUUAACAACAACAACAACAACUAAUUCAAGUAGUAAUACAAAACAACAAUCGAUUAUACCAGCAUUUGAUGAACAACGAAAACAAUCAUUAUCACCAAAAAAAGAAGCAUUAACAUUUCAUUUACAUACACAUCAUCAUCAUCAUAUACAUAAUCCAAAUCCACCUAUAUCUUCAAAUACAUCAUCUUUACUUAAAUCACCUAAUCCAACUAAAACAACAACAGUACCAUUAUCUCCUCAAAAAUCUUGUAUAUUAGUUAAUAAAGAACAACUUGUUGAAACAAAAACAAUUUUACCAUUAAGUGUAAAUAAUGUUGUUAAAAAAGAACAUCAAUUUAUAUCAUCAACUGAUAUACCAUUAUCACCUACAACAGAAAAUGAAGCAUUAAAUUUUUCUAUUAAACAUUUAUCAUCAACCAAUCAAAAAUCUAAUCUCAUUGAUCAUGAUGAAACAACAAAAAAGACAACGCCAAAAAAAACAUCUCCUGUUAAAGGACGUGUUAAUUCUGGGUCGAAAUCAAAUAGUUCACCAACUCCAUCAAUUGGUGAUCGAACACCAUAUACAAUUAAUUCAAUCAUAACAUCACCUACGAAAAUUUCCGGUGCCAUUUUAAAUACAAGUCCUCCAUAUUAUCAACGUCAACGUUUAAUAAAUUCAACAGGAACAUAUGGAACGAUGAUAUCACCUGUAUCAAAUAUUCUUAGUUCAAAUGGUGAAUUAUCAAUUAGUAGUGAUAGUGAUCAUAAAUUUUCUCAACGUAUGCAUAAACGUCGUAGUGUAUCAGCAGCAACUGCUAGUGCAACAACGUAUAUUUCAAUUACUGAUAAAAAUUCUCGUGCAACACGUACAAAUUCAUCAUCAGCAGUAUCAAUACGAUCAAAAUCAUCGACACAUAUAACAAAUACAAAACGAUCACAAUCACCACAUUCAGUUACAUUAAUCGGAUCUAAUAAAAAUCCUAAUCAAAGAAAAAAACAAAAAAUUUCUCAUUAUUGGGCAUUAUUUGGAAAAUCUGAACAGAAAUUAGUUUCAAUUGAUGCUGACAAACCGCCGGUUUAUCGCGAAUGUUACUCAUCAAUUCGACAUGUUAAAGAAAAAGAUAUUAUUAAAUCAGAUGAUUGUGUUUUAUUACGUCCUGAGAAUGCUGAAAAAAAUGGUAUAACAUCAUAUUUAGCUAAAGUAAAAUGGUUUUGGAAAGAACCGGAAUCAGGUGAAAUUCAAAUGUCACUUAUUUGGUAUUAUCAUCCUAAACAUAGUGAAUUACCACCACGUGUCAAAGAACACUUUUUACCAAAUGAAGUUUUAGCAUCAAAAUAUUGGGAUUGUGUUAAUGUUGCUUGUAUUGAAGAUAAAUGUUAUGUACUUAAUGUUAAUGAAUAUAAUCGUUAUUGUCUUCGUGAAAAAACAUCGGAUCUUUUUGAACAUCCUGAACCAGUUGGACAGUUAAAAUCACUGUUAAACAGAAAUACUGUCACUGUUCAUCAUCGAAUAUUACCAUCAAAAAAUGUCGAUAAUCAAAAUAUAUUCUUUUGUCGUUAUGUAUAUGAUUAUCGAGCAAAACGUAUUUUAAAAAAUCCCAGUUUAAAUAAUCCUAAUACAAAUCCAACAGCAACAACAACAACGACGACGAUGACGACAACAAUUAAUACUACUACGACAAUUUCUGUACCUACGGCAGCACGCGUGUGA